GUAGCGUGCCGUCACCGACGCCAUCAUGGAGGGAGCCGGCGCCUCCUCUGAGGCCCUGCGCUAUGCCGAGUACACCGGGGCCGCUACGGGUGCCGGCAAGGGCCAAACUGAGCCGGGCCGGGGGCUGCACCAGGGUAGCCUUGAUUUACUCUUCUAAAUAAUCGUCUGAGUUAAGUGAGCAUGGAAAAGGAAUCUGAAGCAGACUGGACUUAAAGGAUUUACUGGCCAGAUCUAUGAUAGCAGUUGGACUUGGCAUUGCAACCGUUGCAUUUGCAGGCCGUUAUGCAUUCCACCUUUGGAAGCCAUUGGAGCAAGCAAUUACAGAGACAGCAAGGAAGAUUUCAACUUCUAGUCUUUCAUCCUACUACAAAGGAGGAUUUGAACAGAAAAUGAGUAGGCGAGAAGCAAGUCUUAUUUUAGGUGUAAGUCCAUCUGCUGGCAAGGCCAAAAUCAGAACAGCCCAUAGAAGAAUCAUGAUUUUGAAUCAUCCUGAUAAAGGUGGAUCACCUUACUUAGCAACAAAAAUAAAUGAAGCAAAAGACUUGCUGGAAUCCAGUGCCAAAAAUUGAAAUCCUAAGCCUUGCAUCAAAGGAGAUCCAAAAAAAAAAAAAAGAAAA